AUGUGGAGCAAAAGUUGUACUGAUUAUAAUGCAUUCAACAAAGAUGAACCUGAUGAGUUAUUACUUAAAGUUACUGAAUCUAUGACUGAUACAUUGUCAUUCGAACAGAACAAUUAUUUUGAAGGGUUGCGUGAAUGUCACUUUUUUGCAUCUAAAAACAAGCAAUUUUUAUCGUCAUCAGUAAAAGUUUUUUCGAAGUUGAUCGUUAGAGGAUUUUGUAACAAUAAAGAAAUACAACCUGUUAAUUAUGAUAAUUUACAAACUUUGCAAGAUAUUAAAUCAAAACUAAUUAAAAUAAUGGGUUUGUCUGAAAAAUAUCAGAAGGAGGAAAGAAGUUGGCUAUCAAAAUAUUUGCCAAAUACACGAGAAGAUUUGCCUGCUCGUAGUAUGAAUGAUAGUUUUGAUAUGGCGAAAGUACCAUUAAGUAGCGAUUUAGUAUUGCAAAACAAAUAUACAACCACUUGUAAAAGUUUACGACUCGGCCGAAUUUUAGAAGAUAUGGAUCUAUUUGCUGUUUGGAUUGUUCUGAAACACAUACACAAUCCAAAACUACCACCUGAUGUACCUAAUCCAUAUGUUAUUGUAACAUUAUUAGUAGACGAUGUGUUAAUAAAUCCAGAAAGAUACCCUGACUUGGAUCUAAUAUUUAGCGGUAUAGUAUCUUAUGUGGGAAAAACCUCAGUAGAGGUUACUCUUUGGUUAGAACAACUUCAAAAUAAUACAUUAAAAAGACUAACAAAAGCGAAUUUUGUUUUUGUGGCAAGAGAUCCUACUAAUCAAAAGUCUGUAUUAGUGAACCCGCUUAAAGCUAAUGGUAAAUCUGAAGAAAAAAUUAUGGAGCAAUCAUCAAAAAAAAAUGAAGAAAGAAAAAAAGCUCACCAAGACUCGAUACUAAAUAAAAUACCCAAUAUCGACGAAUUAAAUUUAGUGUAUACUAUAUUUCUUAAAACUGUUGAUCACAAAGAACCACUUUUAGGGAACAAAGUUUUACCUCUUGGUAGCGUAUGGAUGGAUGAUACAAAAAUUGAAUCCAAUAUUUUGUGCCAUCCUGAAGAUAGGAAUUUACACCACACAGUUUUUGGCGGUUAUUUGAUGAGAGUUGCGACUGAACUUGCUUUUUUAGUAGCGAGUGUUCACUGUAAAACUAGAGUAACAUCUAGAGCAAUAAACUCAAUUACAUUCCGAAACUCUGUACCAAUUGGUACCAAAUUAAAAUUAAUUGGAAAGAUUUGCUACACAAAAGAAAAUGUGUUAGUUGUUGAAAUUAUAGCGAAAUCAGUAAAUAUUGAAACUAAAACAAGUUUAACAACUAAUACUUUUUAUCAUGUAUUUGUUGCACCAAAUAUUGUUGAUCCGGUUUUACCUCAAAGUUACCAUGAUUGUAUGCUCUACCUUGAUGGCCGCAGGCGUUAUUUAGAAAUCUAUGAUUCAUUGUUCACUAAAAUUUGAUAUUAUUCAAACAAUGUAACAAAGCCAAGCAUUGCUUCCAGUUUAAUAUUUUUUCAUGUUUUCACUUUUCAAUUUUAACAAAUUAUUUAUAAAAGUUAUAAUAAAUAUAAGUCACACUAUGUAUUGAAUAACUGUAAGAAUUUUUAAGUUAAUUUUAUUUUAAAGACGCAUAAACGUUACUAAUGAUAAUGAUUA